CUCUCUUGAUAGACUAUUUUCCUUUCUGAGAUCAGUGUAUACUCUACUACUACUCGAGCAUAGAUCUUACUUACAUACACAUGUCUCCGAGGCCAUCAACCUCGUCAUCAUCCAGAAUGCCGGACAUGUCAUCCGGGAUAUACAGGCUGCUGUCCUUCGUCUCAGCAAACAGAAGAUCAUACUUGAGCGGAUCACGAGGCACAAGCACACCCACGAACAGCUCAAAUGAACCUCAGAUCCUUCUCGUAGUCGCCGGCGGCACGAUUUGCAUGCAAGACUCCGAAGACGGCUUGGUGACAUCGAAACUUUUCCUCGACGAAUGCUUGCGACACAAUCCUACAUACGACGACGGCACACCGGUUUUAUCUACGAAGGUAACAAACGAGCACGGCAAAUUGAUCGAGGCUCCGACGCUUCGACUGCCCAGAGAUCGAAACGGCGAGAAUGUGCGCUGUUCUGUGCUCGAAUUCGAUCCUCUACUAGACAGCUCGACGGCUCAUGCUCCAACCUGGAACCAACUCGCCCAGACAAUCCGAGCCAACGAGGACAAUUUCGACGCAUUCGUAAUCUGCCACGGCACAGACACACUAGGCUACACUUCCGCCGCACUCUCCUUCAUGCUCAUGGACAACCUCCAAAAAACCGUAGUCCUAACCGGCGCCCAACGCAGCAUGUUCUUCGCCGACUCCGACGGAUCCGACAACCUCCUAGGCUCCAUCGUCCUCGCCUCCCACCUCAAAAUCCCCGAAGUCUGCGUCUACUUCGGCCACAAACUCCUCCGAGGAACGCGAAUCACAAAAAUCAGCGCAAGUUCCUAUUCUGGUUUCGAAAGCCCCAACGCAGGUCCAUUAGCCACCGUCUCUGAAACCGGAAUCGUAGUCCACUGGGACAAUCUCCUCCACGAUCCUCCGCCACAAGUCGGAAAAGCAGUCCCAGUCAUGGACUCAUCCAAAGUCGUCGUCAUUAAAGUCUGGCCAGGAAUUACCUCCCAAAUCAUCGACGCCAUCUUGUCCCCUAAAACAAUCCGAGGCGUAGUCCUCGAAACUUUCGGCGCAGGAAAUAUGCCUUUAAGCAUAAUCCCUGCCCUCUCAGCCGCCGUUCAACGCGGCGUGGUAAUCGUCAACGUCACGCAAUGUCUUCACGGCAGCGUGAGCGAUUCUUACGAACCAGCGCGAAAACUCGUCGAAGCUGGGAUACAACUUGGACACGAUAUGACGACUGAAGCAGCAUACACGAAACUCGUUUAUCUGUUGUCAUCGAAAGGCGCGACACCGGAGAAUGUCGCCAAAGAUAUUUCGCAGAAUAUUCGUGGAGAAUUGACGCCUCCGAGUGAGCAUUUGAGCGGUGGGCCGAUGAGUAUUGCGCAGCUGCCGAUUCGAUAUGAGAGGACGAUGCCAGGACAUGUGAACGUGGAUCAUGGAACGCAUCAUCAAUUUCACCUUGGACAUUUUUGAAGAAUGCUUUGCUGGAUAUGACGAAUUUAUCGAGGAAGCAUCUUGAUUGCCGGAAGAGCCUGAGGCCUGAGACUGAAUUAUGCUCAGAACACAACGCUUGGGGCAUGCUGCCGGACAUAAAAGGAGCACCUUGCAAUACAGCUGGCCGCGAUCUGGAAAGUCUGUGAGCUUGUGCAAGACGACGGAGCAACUUUUGAUGUGCAGAGCACAUGUUAUGGGGCGCUGCAGUAACCAUUCGUGGCGAGCCAAGUGAGAUUGUGCAAGCCGCCCUCCAGACUUUACUGGACCAAUAUGCAGUCGUGCAAGCGAUAGCAAACGACACGAGAUCAUGAUAAACACGAAAAUGAAAGACCUACCGUACUAU